CGCCGCCGCGGAACCGGUGCUGCGGCGACGCCCGCGUCCCUGCUGUCUUCCUCGGGUUCCCCGGGGCUUGACCCCCGGGGCCCUCGGCAGGCGUCGGUGAAGAGCCUGCGGAGCGAACCUGUGCUCCCGUACCCGCCUUCCACGAACUCAUAUCGCGACUCCGAGGAGGGGGAGCGAGAGGAACUGUCGCGACUCCGCGCCGUGUGUCGCCGGGCGGGGCCGCGGGGCCGGGGCUCCUCCAGCCCCCGGGAUGCGCGCGCGAGCCCUCGCCUCCACUUCCUUGUUGCCGCUGUCACGACUGGAGCCGCUUCUCGCCGACAGCGGGGAGCGCGAGUGCGCCGGCCAUCCCCCUCGUCGAGCCCUCGGGCCGGACGCCUCCGGGAAUGUGAGCCGCGCGGCGUGCACGCUCCUCCGGACUCGAACCUGAACUAGCUGAAGGACCUACCUGCUCAAAGUCACACAAGCUGGCAGAGUGUAAAGAAAUCUAUUACAUACAGCCACUUACUGCGUGUCUGAAUGAAUCAUUGAAGCAGUUUGCUUAAGCCAUGGAUGCAUCAUAUGAUGGUACUGAGGUAACUGUCGUGAUGGAGGAAAUUGAGGAAGCCUACUGUUAUACCUCUCCUGGGCCACCCAAGAAGAAGAAAAAGUAUAAAAUACAUGGAGAAAAGGCCAAGAAACCCAGGUCGGCUUAUCUUCUCUACUAUUACGACAUCUACUUGAAAGUGCAGCAGGAGCUCCCCCACCUCCCUCAAUCCGAGAUCAAUAAGAAGAUUAGUGAAAGUUGGAGGCUCCUGAGUGUGGCUGAGAGGAGUUAUUAUCUGGAGAAAGCCAAACUAGAGAAAGAAGGUUUGGAUCCUAACUCUAAGCUCUCUGCACUGACUGCUGUGGUUCCGGACAUCCCAGGUUUCCGCAAGAUCCUCCCCCGCUCAGAUUACAUCAUCAUCCCCAAGAGCAGCCUACAGGAGGAUCGGAACUGCCCUCAGCUAGAGCUUUGUGUGGCCCAGAACCAGAUAUCCCCUAAAGGGCCAUCUCUUGUGUCCAGUGCUGCCCCGGAGGCAGUGCCCAGCCAUGCAGGCAUGGCAGAGCAGUGCCUGGCUGUGGAGGCCCUAGCUGAGGAGGUGGGAGUCCUUGCCCAGCCAGGUGCUGUACAAGAGAUCGCUACCUCAGAGAUCCUCAGCCAGGAUGUGCUCCUGGAGGAGGCUUCCCUGGAGGUAGGAGAGAGCCACCAACCGUACCAGACAAGCCUGGUGAUUGAAGAGACCUUAGUGAACGGCUCACCAGACCUCCCCACCGGAAGCCUGGCUGUGCCCCACCCCCAGGUUGGGGAGAGCAUGUCAGUGGUAACUGUCAUGAGGGAUCCCAGUGAGAGUAGCUCCUCUGCGCCAGCCACGCAGUUCAUCAUGUUGCCUCUUCCUGCCUACUCAGUUGUGGAGAACCCCACCUCCAUCAAACUGACCACUACAUACACCCGCCGGGGCCAUGGGACAUGCACCAGCCCAGGUUGCUCCUUUACCUAUGUCACCAGGCACAAACCACCUAAGUGCCCUAUCUGUGGUAACUUCCUAGGAGGGAAGUGGAUCCCAAAGGAAAAGCCAGCCAAAGUCAAAGUGGAAUUGGCUCCUGGUGUCUCCUCCAAAGGUUCGGUGGUUAAAAGAAAUCAGCAGCCUGUCACCACUGAGCAAAACUCCUCUAAGGAAAAUGCCUCCAAACUGACUCUGGAGAACUCAGAAGCUGUAAGCCAGCUCCUAAGUGUAGCUCCUCCGAGAGAAGUGGGUGAGGAGAAUGAGUGGGAGGAAGUGAUCAUCUCAGAUGCCCAUGUUUUGGUCAAGGAAGCUCCUGGGAAUCGUGGUACGGCAGCCACGAAGACGCCGGUGGUCAAGAAUGGUGUGCCGCCUGAGGUCUCUCUGGGGACAACUGAGAAUGACAGUCCAGGACCAGACAUACCACCACCAGCUGAGAGGACCAGCACCUCCAGUCCUCUCCCUGCUCCCAAAAAGCCUGCAGGAGUUGACCCGCUCACCCCUGGGCUCAGAGCCCCUGAGCUUAAGGGCAAAGCUCGGGGCAAGCCCUCAUUACUGGCUGCGGCAAGACCCAUGAGAGCAAUUCUCCCAGCCCCAUCUAAUGUGGGCCGAGGCAACAGCAUGGGACUGUCCAGGGCCAGGCAGGCCUUUCCCCUGAGUGAUAAAACCCCCUCUGUGAGGACUUGUGGCCUGAAGCCAAGCACGCUGAAGCAGCUGGGCCAGCCGAUCCAACAGUCAUCACACAGCAGCGAAGUGAAGCUAACAAAUGGCCCGGGCAGUCGGAUGUCACAAGUAAAAGUUGUAGAAGUCAAGCCUGAUCUGUUUCCUCCAUACAAGUACAGCUGCACUGUAACGCUGGAUUUGGGCCUCGCUACUUCAAGAGGUCGGGGAAAAUGCAAGAAUCCCUCUUGUAACUACGUCUACACCAACCGACAUAAACCGCGGAUUUGUCCCAGCUGUGGUUUUAACCUUGCUAAAGACCGGACUGAGAAAACCACCAAGGCUCUUGAGGUCAGCUCACCGCUCCCAGAUGUGCUGAGUGCCACAGAGCCCCUGAGCCUGGCCCAGAGGGAGGUCCAGCGCCAGUCCACUCUGCAGCUGCUGCGCAAAGUCCUGCAGAUUCCUGAGAACGAGUCUGAGCUGGCUGAGGUCUUCGCCUUGAUUCACGAACUCAACAGCUCUCGACUCAUUCUGUCCAACGUGAGUGAAGAGACGGUCACCAUCGAGCAGACCUCUUGGUCGAAUUAUUAUGAGUCUCCGUCCACGCAGUGCCUACUCUGUAGCAGCCCAUUAUUCAAAGGGGGACAAAACUCCCUGGCCGGGCCCCAGGAGUGCUGGCUGCUGACAGCCAGCCGGCUACAGGUGGUGACUGCCCAGGUGAAGAUGUGUCUGAACCCUCAUUGUCUGGCCCUGCACAGCUUCACGGACAUCUAUGCAGGUGGGUGUCAUUGUCUGGCCCUGCACAGCUUCACGGACAUCUAUGCAGGUCUCUUUAAUGUGGGGAACAAGCUACUAGUGAGCCUGGACUUGCUGUUUGCAAUCCGAAACCAGAUCAAGUUGGGGGAGGACCCCAGAGUGUCCGUCAGCACUGUUCUGAAGUCAGUGCAGGAGCAGACAGAAAAGACCCUCACCUUGGAGGAGCUGAGCCAGCUGCAGGAGCUGCUGUGCAAUGGCUAUUGGGCUUUCGAGUGCCUCACUGUCCGAGACUACAAUGACAUGAUCUGUGGCAUCUGUGGUGUGGCUCCCAAAGUGGAAAUGGCCCAGAGGAAUGAAGAAAAUGUGUUGGCACUGAAGAGUGUGGAAUUCACCUGGCCCGAGUUCUUGGGCCCUAGUGAGGUAAACGUGGAGGACUUUUGGGCCACAAUGGAGACAGAGGUGAUUGAGCAGGUGGCCUUCCCUGCCAGCAUCCCUAUCACCAAGUUUGAUGCGUCUGUUAUUGCCCCCUUCUUUCCACCGCUCAUGAGAGGAGCUGUGGUCGUCAACACUGAGAAAGACAAAAACCUGGAUGUGCAGCCAGUACCUGGCCAUGGCAGUGCCUUGGUGAGGCUACUCCACGAGGGCACCUGCAAGCUUGAGGAGAUUGGCUCCUACAGUGAGGAGGAGCUACGGCACCUGCUGAGGCAGUGUGGCAUCCCCUUUGGGACAGAAGACUCCAAGGAACAGCUCUGCUUCUCCUUGUUGGCCCUCUAUGAAUCUGUACAGAAUGGAACCAGAGUUAGACAGCCCCCACCUCAUCUCACAGGGGGUAAAAUCUACAAGGUGUGCCCCCAUCAGGUGAUCUGUGGCUCCAAGUAUCUCGUGCGGGGCGAAAGUGCCCGCGACCAUGUGGAUCUGCUGGUCUCUUCCCGCCAUUGGCCACCUGUCUACGUGGUAGACAUGGCCACACCAGUGGCCCUGUGUGCUGACCUCUGCUACCCAGAGCUGACCAACCAGAUGUGGGGGAGGAACCAGGGCUGCUUCUCUAGUCCUGCGGAGCCACCUGUGAGCGUAUCCUGCCCAGAGCUCUUGGACCAGCAUUAUACUGUGGACGUGAUGGAGGCUGAGCACUCUGUCCAGCACCCAGCCACCAAGACUGCCGCACGGCACAUCGUCCAUAUAGACACACAGUCCAGUCUUGGUGACCCCAGUACCGGGCACCACUCUUCAGCCCUAUGCCCUGAGUUAGCACCCUACGCAUCCAUCCUGGCCUCCAUUGCAGACAGCAAACCAAACAGUGUCCGCCAGCGGCCCAUUGCCUUUGACAAUGCCACCCACUAUUACCUCUAUAACCGCCUCAUGGACUUCCUCACCAGCCGCGAAAUCGUCAACCGGCAGAUCCAUGACAUCGUGCAGAGCUGCCAGCCUGGCGAGGUGGUCAUCCGCGACACCCUCUACCGCCUUGGGGUUGCUCAGAUCAAGACAGAGGCUGAGGAAGAGGGUGAGGAAGAGGAGGUGGCUGCAGUGACAGUAUAAGCCAGGCUCUUGCACCGGGACAGGGACUGCACCAUCUCAAGCCAUAGUGAGGCCCUUGCCCAAGGCAGAUCCAUCCAGGGAACCGGCGGGAAUGUUCACCUUUGGGGAGGCCUCUGAUGCUGGGACUGACCAAAGAGCUUCCCUUUCCUGAGCAUGGUGGGGCACGGGAGCCAUGGUUCUCAAUCUCCUGGGGGUCAGGAGAAGCACCAGGACACUCCUUACUAGCCCCAGAGAGCACUUAGGGGACUAGGAUGUUCAACAGAGGGGAACGGAGGCUGAGAGAAUGCUGGUAGCGGAUGGCUUCCCUGGGGCCUGCUGCGGGUCUGGGUCGAGGUCCUGGGGUGGGCUGAAGCGGAGUCCGGCCUUCCGGGGGGGAAGGCCACUGAGGUAGCUCUUCCCACCCCAGGGAACGCUCUUUCCAGCCCCUGUGGCCACACAACUUCCUUUUAGCCUGUUGCCUUUGACUUGGGGGCCUUUGGGGCCUCAUUAGCUCUAGGGGUCCCUUUGGGCUCUUGAUUUUCCCAGAGGAGGGAUGCAUUUCCUUCCUACUCUUCCUGCACCCAGAUUUGGGGGAAGCUGAGGAAGGAGAAACAGCCACCGCUCUCUUCCAGGACUGUCUUCUCUGCCCUGAGCUUUAAGGAAGAGGACCCCCUUCCUCCUUUCCCUGGCCACUGCUGCUGCACCCCACAUCCUUCCUGGGCCCUGGAUCCUCACCACAGAAGGGAUGUGGCCCACUGGCAUGACAUAACCUGGCGGCAGUAGGAAAAACUCCCUUCUGUGAAGGGGAAGCAGACUGGGCCAUAAGGAAACAGCGGGACUGGCUCAAGUGCCUAAGGUUUGCUUAGGGCACGGGAAUUGGCCGUGUGUUAUUUAAUUUAUUGAGAGGAGUGGAGUAGGUGGCUUUUUUCCCCUCCUUCCCCUGCCAAGAAUAAAAUUUAUUAAAUUA